AUGACAGCAAAUAAGCCUGAGGAUGCCUCCAUACUCAAUAAACGAAAAAGAAAAAACCAGCACCCACAACGAAAAAAGCGCGCCAUCCCACUGCUGCUGGUUCUGAACUGCGUUGUCGAGGGCGAAGCAACGCCGUUCCCAGUAGAGAUUUUCUGCGAUAAAUCGGUCGGGAUACUCAAGGAGGUCAUCAAAGCAAAGAAAGCCAAUGCAUUGAAUAAUAUCGACGCUGACCAGCUUACCCUCUACAAGGUUUCCAUCCCUGACAAAGGCGAGGCCAUCUUUGAGUCAGAAAUCAAGUCAAAAGAGGCUCUUACAGUCGCAUCAAAGGAGCUUGGGAACAUAUUUAAUUCUGAACUUCCAAAGGAAACUAUCCAUGUUUUUGUCAAGCCACCACAGCGAGCUCAGAAAAGAAAACAAGAUGGAGAUUCUGAGUCACCCUCUAAAAAAGCUCGUCCAAGCAUGAGUAGCAGAGGUGAUCUUAUGGAUGCGAUUACAGAAGCAGGGCUUGUAACGAAAGGGAUAGUGGAUGGUGGCCCUACCGUCUCGCCUCUCAACUCGAAAGAGAGGGUCAAGGUGCUUUCGUACAUGGGGGGGCUACCAGCAGAUGAUCCUUACAAAGGCAUUAUUAGCGUGGCUCGCGAGCUCCGAAAUUCUGGUGGUAUCAAGGAUUCCAAAAUAUUGACUGCCCCUGAGGGUCGUAUCUUCCCUGUUGCCGGAACAAGGCAUCUUUAUAUCAGAGAUGAAUAUAAAGAGCUUUAUGGCCUUGUUACAUCCGGAUUAAGUACCCCUCAUGAAGUACCUCGUUUGAACCGACUCUUUAUCACUGGAACGCCUGGAAUUGGGAAGUCAGCCUUUUUGGUCUAUUUUGCCAUCCGCCUCCUUGCCGAACACGAUGAGGAAAAUCCACCGAUUAUUAUUUUCCAAGAGAAGCAGCAUACCAAAUGCUAUGUUUAUGGAGGAACAACUUGCCAACGUAAAGGGAAUAUAACGAUGUUCGAAGAUUUCCUUGCUCGGCCUGAAACGUGGUACUUAGUUGAUAGUGGUAAAGAUCCUCAACCAGGUGAAGCCAGGACGAUAUUUUCAGCAUCGCCAAGAACUCUCUAUGGGCAUUACGAUGAACUCACCAAGGAAAAUACACCAGAUAGCUACUAUCACAUGUCACUCUGGAGUCUGGAUGAGCUUAAGGAAUGUAGAGCCAAUGUAAAGUUUUUUCAUGUAGUGAGUGAAGCAUUUUUGGAGGAACUUUUUUACGACUUGGGAGGAGUGCCAAGACAGGUUCUACAGUGUCCAGCCGAUGUACUAUCCAAAAAUCAAAAACAUACUGAGCGUGCUAGAAAAAGUGCGUUUCAGUGUGUCAAUGAUGCCAUUGGCGUAACCUGGCUCCCAAGCAAUCUUUCAGACCUCUUUAGAGAAGGAGAUGAAGCGGGUAGUUGUUUACUCCAUAGAGUCCCCACUUCUGACCACCUCGACUUCCACCUGGUAUGGGCAUCUCCUUAUGUUCGAUCGCGGAUCAUCAUGAAGUUACGAGAUCAGACUUGGAUCGACGUGUUGAAGCGACUUGUCAAAGUUGGCAGUGAAAUAGAAAAAGGUCCUUCGUUUGAACUCUAUGUUCACUAUUUAAUUCGAUGUGGUGGACUUAGGUUUCCAUUUAAGGAUCUUCAAUCAGACGAAACAGGAUUCUUUGAUCUUCCGAGGGACUCCUCGGAAAUCACAGUAUCAGAGAAACAUCCGAUCAAGCAAGCACCAUUCAAGAAGAUAAUUGAUUAUAUUAUCGGACCCUGCUCGAAGGGAAACCGAUCAAAGUCGAAGGGAAGUGAUGAUACUAUUUUCUUCUAUUUUGUGGUACCAGGAUACAUGUAUGAUAAUUUUAAGGUUCAGAAGUUUGUUAUUAACGAUAGUCAAGAUGCCAAGGCAAUACCUGGAUACUUGAAACAUGUAAGACAGCGUGUCAUAAAAAUCGACACCGAAGCUGCAUAUUCAGGAGGAGCAGCCGUAGCUGUCAAAGUCAAAGUCCCCCAUAUGGAGGGCAUUCCACGCCGCUUUUUAGAGCUCUUUGGCGGCCAAGGCGCGGGAAGCAAAACAAUUCACACAGGCCAAAAUUCGCAUGAGUACUUUGACGGUUCUCUUGAGAAUAAUUUGCUAAUUGAGCUACAGCAACUUCUCGAACGGCAUCAUCCGAUGACCCGUUUACCCAAGAACAUCAAAGAGCGCGUCAAUGGCCAAGGUACUCAAUUAAGGGUUGUCAUCCGUGCUGAGUCCCAGCGUGACCUAAGGGGCCAAGGACGAAGCGAAUCAAUGAGACUCAUCCAUCAUACGACAGUCUUCACUAUGUUCCCUUGCAUCCGAAUGACGAAUGUGGGUGGUGGGCGGACAUACGGCAAGUAUAAGAAGGAAAUCAGGUCAUUACUGUCCUCUGAAAGGUCUUUUGGAAGAAGCGAUAGUGAGGAUAUUGAGGAUGAUUGGAUGGAGUCUCAUGAGAGCCGAACGAAAAAAAUCCGAGAGUUCAUCAGCCAAAGGGAGUGUUAUGCGUAUAGGCUGCAAAUUCGCCCAAUGAGCUCAACAGGUCAACGACCCUACAUUUGGAUGAUUCCACGCUUGACUCAUCAACAUAUUGUCGGCCAAUAUUACAAGCUGGAAACUUUUGGGCUCCUGAACAUCAGUAUGUACCAAUCCAAGCUCAAAGCGGAUGCAUAUAUCGGCAUAGUAGAUGCAAUUGAUCUCGAUCUUAGGCCAGAGAAUAUUGAAAAGCGAGUCAUCUUGCCAUCUUCCUUUGUUGGGGAGAUCCAGGAGGCUCUUUAUGAUGGCCAAACAGCGGCUGAUCGACCCGAUCUUUGCGUGCGAGUAUUUAAUCUCAAAAAGAAAGCUCUAGAGGGUCGACCUCUCCAAGAAAGAUGUCUAGGGAAAGUUAUUGUCUACAAUUGGGUCGUCGAGUUUCAGAAACCUGGUUUGCCGCAUCAGCAUCUAUUCAUAAUCCUUGAUGAUGGAAGCAAGCCUCGGACAGUAGACGACAUUAACUCUAUUGUAUCUGCAGAGAUCCCUGAUCGACACAGCGCUCCGCUUGCGCACGAGGCAGUGAUUUCUCACAUGAUACAUGGGCCAUGUGGGGUCCAUAAUCCUCAGGCACCAUUAAAAAGUGCCCACGCCCAUUCUUGGGAAAUAGCGCAAGAAGUGAGGAUGGCUAUCCGACUUAUCAUCGACUCUGUGGAUCAGCUUCAUCAGUCAAGUAUUUACAAAUAUAUGCACAAGGGUCAUGACAGAGCAUUAGUUGCUAUCGUAGCAGCGGAUGGGGGAAACGUUAAUCUCGAUGAGGUCAACAAUUACAGGGAUAACCGAUACGUAUCUACUUACGAGAGCUUAUGGCGCAUGUAUGGUUUUGCACUCCAUGGGCAAUCUCAUAAUGUUCGUCUGGCCGCCCAUCUCGAGGAUCAGCAGCAAGUGGUCUUCGAUCCUGAUAAGAUUUUUAAUUGUUAA